UAAGGAGCGUGGAAGAGACGCACUAGACGUUCGAGUGGUGGAAGGAAAAAUGGCAAUUACUGUUAACAAUGGAGUUAAAAGUUUGCCAAAGUGUUUUUCCCAACCGACCUGAGUCGGGGAAGAUCGAAAUCUGUACCUGAGAAUCGUUGUCUUCUUCAGAGCCUCCAAAGACCAAAUCUUUUUUGUUACGUCGUCUCUCAAACCCUAACCUGUAUUCUCACUCUCUCUCUCUCCCACUCUCUCUGUCUCUCUCUGCUAUCUUCUUGAGAUCUGAUCAAGUCUGAUCCCAAUCUAUGCUCGAUCUCACUCUCCCCGGACUUGCUCACACCGAGAUCUCAUCUUCCUUAUUAUAAAAGAUCCAUACAUGAGCUCUAAGCUCUGACAGAUUUGAUCUGUGAAUCCGCAUAUAUGCUCAAUCGGAGCCAGAUUCAAAGGUGAAAAUAAGGAAGAAGGAAGUUAAAAAACAAACAAUGGGAGCUGAAAAGAAAUGGCUUUUCACUCUCUUCUCUGUAGUGUUCCUCUCAGUGUUCCUUCUCUUACUCUACUCAAUCUCUGCUUUCACUUCUAAACCUUUCCCUUCUUCAAUCCGUCACGGCCCUCAUUACCCACCUGCUUUUGCUUAUUACAUAACCGGUGGUCGUGGGGAUAAUGACCGGAUCUUUAGGUUAUUGCUCGCGGUUUAUCAUCCUAGGAACCGGUAUCUUCUCCAUCUCGGUGCUGAAGCUACUGAUGCUGAGAGGCUAGCUCUUCUCUCUGAUUUGAAAUCUGUUCCUGCUGUCAAUGCUUUUGGGAAUGUUGAUGUUUUGGGCAAAGUUGAUCGUUUGUCUGAUAAUGGUGCUUCUAAGACUGCUGCUACUCUUCACGCUGUUUCUAUUCUUCUUAAGCUUGAUCGUACUUGGAACUGGUUCAUUGAGCUUAGUGCCUUGGAUUAUCCUCUCAUUACUCAAGAUGACCUAUCCCAUGUGUUUGCCUCGGUGAACAGAAGCGUCAAUUUUAUUGAUCACACUAGUGACCUUGCAUGGAAAGAAUCACAGAGAAUCAAGCCUAUUGUUGUUGAUCCAGCACUUUACUUAGCUAGAAGAACUCAGCUCUUCACUGCUACUGAGAAACGACCAACACCAGAUGCUUUCAAAGUCUUUACAGGCUCUCCUUGGAUUGUACUGAGCAGAUCUUUCCUAGAAUACUGCAUCUUUGGUUGGGACAAUUUACCAAGAAUCCUCCUAAUGUAUUUUAACAACGUCAUUCUCUCUGAAGAAUGCUAUUUCCACACAGUGAUCUGCAACGCGCCAGAGUUCAGUAACACAACAGUCAACGGGGACUUACGGUACAUGAUAUGGGACAGUCCGCCAAAAAUGGAGCCACACUUCCUUAGCGACUCAGAUUUUGAACAAAUGGCUCAAAGCGGAGCAGCUUUUGCCCGGCAGUUCAAGAAAGACGAUCCAGUGCUCGACAUGGUCGAUAGAGUGAUCCUAAAACGUGGGCGGUAUCGGGUCACUCCUGGAGCUUGGUGCUCGAGCCACAGUAGCUGGUGGACAGAUCCUUGCUCGGAAUGGGAUGAAGUCAACAUUGUCAAAGCUGGACCUCAAGCUAAGAAGCUAGACGAAACAAUAACGAAUUUUCUAGAUGAUUUGAAUUCACAAUCGAACCAAUGCAAGUGAAGAGAAAAUGGGGUUUGGAAUUUGGAGUCAUUAUACUACAACACCACACGAGAUUACAUUGUUUUCAGUCUCUGUAAGGUUUAUUCUUUGGGCAACAACAGGAACUCAGUGGCUACUGUAUUUAUACGAGGAGAAGAGGAAGAGAAGAGAUUUCUCUUUUCCAGAUUUUGUAACUCCUUUGUUAAAGCCACUAGAGAACUUUUGUUCGCAAAUUUGAUAAACUACUCUGUUGUAUCUCUUUAUAUUGGUACUCGACCAAAUGCGACUAUUUCUUAGUUAAUUGAA